GAGCCGCCGCCCCACCGCGCCGCCCGCCGUCCCCGCUCCGCCGCCGGCACAGGGAGAACGAGCAGCUGGGACAGGGUGAACCAGAACCCCCGCGGAGGGUGAAUCAGCGCCCGGCCGAGGGGUGAACAACCAGCCGGGCGCACCCCCCGCCCGCCUUCCCUCCUCCCUCCCUUCCUCCCUCCCCUCUUCCUUCCCCUCCCUCCCCGUCCCUUCCUCUCUCCGCCUGGUGCCGCCACCGCCGAGGAGGAGGAGGAACAUGGCGAAAGCGGAGCAGGUCCUCAGCCUCGAACCGCAGCACGAGCUCAAAUUCAAAGGUCCUUUCACAGAUGUUGUCACUACAAACCUGAAGCUCGGCAACCCCACAGACAGAAAUGUUUGCUUCAAAGUUAAGACCACAGCACCACGUAGAUACUGUGUAAGGCCCAACAGUGGAAUUAUCGAUGCAGGAACAUCAAUUAAUGUUUCUGUGAUGCUACAGCCUUUUGACUAUGACCCUAAUGAGAAAAGUAAACACAAGUUUAUGGUUCAGUCUAUGUUUGCUCCAGCUGAUACUUCAGAUAUGGAAGCAGUAUGGAAAGAAGCAAAACCAGAAGAACUCAUGGAUUCGAAACUUAGGUGUGUGUUCGAGCUACCAGCAGAAAAUGAUAAGCCUCAUGACAUAGAAAUAAAUAAAAUUGUAUCCACAACUGCAACAAAGACAGAUUCCUCUGUAAUGUCUAAAUCAAUAAGUUCUUCUUUGGAUGACACUGAAGUUAAGAAAGUAAUGGAAGACUAUAAGAGGCUUCAAGUAGAAGUUCAGAGGUUACGGGAGGAGAAUAAACAGUUUAAGGAAGAAGAUGGACUGCGGAUGAGGAAGGUACCCCAACCAAACAACCCAAUCUCUCCUUCUGCAGCUGCUGUCAAGGAUGAAGGGCUCAGCUCCAGACUACUUGCUUUGGUGGUUUUGUUCUUUGUCUUUGGUGUAAUUAUAGGAAAAAUAGCCUUGUAGAGGCAGCAUGCUGGAAAUUGUAAAUUGGUUUGAUGGUUCUGCCAUAUCAUUGGAUUAAAUUUAUUCAUAACAAUGUUUAAAAAAAAAAAAUUAAUGUAUGACAUCUCACAGGUCUUGCCUUUAAAUUACCCCUGCACAAAUACUAUGUAACAUAAUCUAGAAAGUUUAAAAUGUACGAUGAGCGAAUGAAUGAAAGAGAAUACGCUUCAGUGAUGAAGGGGGGGAGAAAAUCCUGAUUUAACACUACAAUGGAAUAUUGUAUAUGUCAUUUUAAACAUUCUUAGACCCUGGUACAUGUUGCUGGAUUACCUCUUUUUAAAAAAAAAAAAGAAAAAAAAAAGGAAAACUAGAAAAAAGAAACAAAAAAACCAACCUCUUCCUCCACUGCUGGAGCUGGCCCUCGGGAUGUUUGGAGCUGGGUUAGGCAGGAGGUGUUGAUAACUUCUGUAAAAUACGUUAAUCCACCAUUCUGCUCAUAAAUUUAACAGUUUCUGUCAGUGUCUUCAGCUCUGUGCAAGUUACCAGUUCCUUUGGCACUUACUGAGUAGUGAGAAGCUGCAAAGAGUCGUGUGUGGCCACGCUGAGUGUGCUGGGCAGCACCGAGGGGCUCGUGCUGACGGUGGGACGCGCUUGGGAUAAGGGGCGAUGCCUUGUUCUCACCAAGGGACCAAGCUACACUGCUGUUGGUUCAUUUAGUUGAAUUAAAAAUGUUAUUCAGAGAUGUUUAAUGCAUAUUUGACUUAUUUAAUGUAUUUCAUCUCAUGUUUCCUUCUUGUCACAAAAUCGACUAAUACUACGUGGUGUGAAAAGGCACCUGUUUAAAGCCAGUGACUAGAACUAAAAAUUUGCUGCUGUAGUGGUGCAAGAUUCUUCUGCCUCCUGGUGUUUUGGGCACUACACAAUUGUUGGGAGUUUUGAUCAUCUGAGCAUUGGGGAAAACAGUGGUCAGGAAACUUGUUUUUGUAUGUAAAUAAGUCUAUCUAGGGGAAAAAAAAUAUUAGUAGUAAACUAGUCCUAUGCCGUAAAAGACCAAUCCUGUUUGACUAUGUAGCAUCUUAAAAAAAAAAAGAAAAAAAAAAGAAAAGAAAAAUUAAAUAAAGCCCCCAAAUUAAUGUUUCCUUUGUUACUUUUGUCCUGUUCUCACAGUUUUAGAGGUGGGGAGGAAACAGUGUUCUCUUGUCAACUUUGUUUAUGGCAUAAGGAAACUUUGUUUCAGAGUGAUUAUUUUUUUUUUUUUCCAGACUAAUUUUAAGAUCAAUCCAAACCACCCCAGCACGAGUCUGGUACACAAAAGUGUUGUUCAGAGUAACCCUGUUGGCUGCUGAGGUACAAGGUAACAUCCUACUUUCCAGGUUAGUUGGGUUCAGCAGUUAAAAGACACUUGACAGCACAUUCAGAUUAAGGGGAAGGUAAUUUUGUUUCUAAGCUUCCUUUUAGCACGAGGUGUAUGAACUCAGUGUGCUUUAACAUGAUGGGUUCAGUAGGUGAAAUAGUUUUGGAGGAGGUAAAUUCACAUAUCUUCUUAAAUGGUAGACCCAAAAACCUGUGGUGACAAAAUUGUUUGUGAGUAUUUCAUGAUUAGGAUAAGCCUUUUAAAAGUGACUUCUGUCAUUCCUUCCUGUGAUUCCAUGAGAAAGCUGUUGGGGCUGCAGCCUGUCUGCUGCACUCCUUGACCUUUAUGUUUGUCCCACUUGUGUCUCAAGGGUUUCCUUCUUUGCAAGUGCAAAUAAGUGAAAUUUUACUUGAGGCUUAAUAAGAAAAUAGGUGGAAAAAAACUAUAACCGGUGUGUUCAGCCUGUGAACACAACUCAGGAGUACUUGUAGAAGAUUCCGCGGAAAAGGAGAGGUGUAUUUUUAGCAUUUUAAAGUGCUGGUGGCUUCUCUGCUCAGGAGGGAAGGGGCAGAGCUAAUGCAGCCUUCCUGCAAAGGGCAGGGAAGGUGGGAGUGAGCUGGGAAGAAGGAAGCAGUGAGUUCAGUGGGACACAUUGGGCAGAACUUAUCAAGACAAAGAUACAUUUUGGGCAGGAUGAUUAAAGAAAACCUUUAAAUGAAACACUGUGAAAGAGCCUUUUCAGAAAGACAAGGUUGUGAGUGAUGUUGCAAAAUUAGUUUCCAUGACUUUGAAGAAUGUAUUUGAGAAAACCUUUACAGAGCUGUGAAGUAGUUUUUUUUCAGAGGCUGUAAGUAUCUUGAUCUCACUCUUGUAAGAAAAGCUGAAUUCCUGAUUUGCUUUAAAAAAAUAAAUUUUUUGAGGGCCCUUUCUGCUAAAAAACAGACUGAAAAAAGGUUGGUUAAAAAAAAAAUCACUGUCUUUGCAGAUCAAAGCUUUAAGCUGGUCUGCUGUGAGUAAAUGUGUAGUAAUGUUCAGGUAGAUUGUACACACACUGUGAGGAGGCACAGGGCAAAGGCAGCAGCACGUGUGUCCUCCUCCAGUGUUCAGUGGUCACUUCUUAGUGAUCUCUGACAGCCUGGAACUUUAAAUCAUCCGUGAGCAAAGUUGGUCUGGUGUUUUGCACUCCAGGAUUAUAAAGAGGUCCCAGAAAACACUCUCAUGCUUUGCCAGAUGCCCUAAAAACACGUGGUCAAGGAGACCAGCAGAGGAUCUGUUGGUAAAGACUGUAACCUGCAGUUGGGGCUGACCCACAUCAUCGGUCCUAAACAAGACUCUGAAUUUAACUGCUUGUAUUUUGGAAUUUAACGAAAUUCUGAGAUCUUCCCUCACCAUUUCUGACAGCCCUGAAUUGUCUGGGUGAUGCUUUGCUUUUGCUGAGCUUAAAAUAAAAUAGCUGAUCAGUGGGAUCCCCACUGCCUGUCUGUCUGACCAAACCCUCCUGUCAUAGGCAGUAGAAAGAAAUGUUAAGUACUUGUUUUCUUCAUAAAAGGCCAGUCUGUAGAUACAGUGCAAAAAUAUAUUGAGUAGAUGUUCUUAAAUCACCUGGACCUUUUGUAAGUCUUUCCUUCCAUGACAACACCAGAGCAAAUGUUUUCAUGAAGUAUUCAUAUUCUGGAGGACAUUUUACCAUCUUAGGAAGUUAUGCAUGAAACACAGGGUUUCUAAAUAAGAUUAUUGUCUGGGGUCCUCACACAACAACUGAUGUUAGAAAACUGUGAUUGAUACAUGAUAGUAGAAAUCAAGUUAUUGCUAAUCUACUUAUUGUCCUUGCUGUUAUUUUAAGAUGACCACUUGCACAUACAUUUAUUGUUAAUUUUUUUAAGAGCCAGUAGAGGCUGCUUGGUGCACUCCUCGGGCAAAUUUGAUAUGAAUAGGUGUACAAAAUAUCUUGAAGCCUAGUGCUGGGAAACAAGUGGAAAAUGGUUUCUACUGUUUUUAUGUAGUUAUCCACAUCUUAAGGCAAAUGCUCUGUGCAUGAAUGAUCAUAAGUAUUGCUGUGCAUUGGCAGUUGUCAGCUGUGACUGCACAACUGGAACAUGUGGGAGCCAGAACCCAACUCAGGUUACUGUGGAACAGCCCUUGGGGUUGGAGAGCAAGAUCAUGCCAUGUCUGUCAUGUUGAGGGGGAUUGAUGUACCAUAAUGUCAUUUUCUAAAAAUACAGGAUUGUAAUAGCUUGAUGGUGGUAUUCCAUGUGACUUUUUCCUCCUGAAAUGCUGUUAGUGGGAUAAAGUUGGAACUUACUUCACUUUGCAAAUCACUAUAGACUUUCUUGUCACCAAUAAACUCGGAAGGGUUUCUAUUCUCUGCACAUGUGAACUUGCAGUUCUUGUCAGCGUGUUUGCAUCAUGGUGUGCACAGAGUGGAUCAUUCAACCUCUCAAGAUACUUGAGGCUGCAAUUCCCCACUGGAAGAAAACUAUCAUCCCUUUUCUUCAAAAAAAUGGCACUUUUUUCUCUUAAUUGGAAUGUCCUUAAUUCCCAGGCACAGUAGUGACUUAACUGUAGUACUCUUAACUUUAGAAACGAUACUUCUCUUGCUCUGCGUGGUGACCUAAAAUGCCAUGUCCUGAGUUCUGCUUUCCUUAUAAAGGAACUGAGAAAAAAACACAGCCAAAAAUCCCUCUGUUUGAGAUGAAAACCCAUGUAAAAGAACACUCUCAACCUCCUGUUUGUUGUGGCUGGGUCACAGCUGCACUAGAACUGCACAGCAGCGAGGGGGCCUGCAGAGCUGCUGUUCCAUGGUUUGGGAAUGGCUGAGCAUCCACUGCCCAAAUCCUCAGGUGAGCAAGUUGAGAUGGGACAGGUGAUGAGUGGAUUUCAGUGUAUGUAUUUAAGCUUUUGGUUUUUAAGUCAAAACACUAAUACAAACAGAAGGUCGUGUGUGGAGUGAGACUAGUUCAGUACUGUCUGUGUAGGUGACUGUUCUUUGGAGUCAGACACAUGUCUGCAAACUUAAUUUACUAAUUAGAAAAUAUCUGUACAAACCAGUGUUUAGGCAUUUUAGAGACAAAAGGACACACUGAGCAAGGCUGCUUGUUUGUUCGCGGGCUCAGCUUCGUGAGGAGCUGACAGGGGGAUCCAGUGCUGGUAUAAAUCAUCUGUUACAGUUAGAUAAAUCAUGGGAUUUAUUGUUCAAGCAGGGCAAUGCUGAUCCUUUAACCAUGUCCAAUUAAGUUUUUAUAUUACUCUGACAGCUCCAUGUAUUCUGAUCACUUUGUCCAAUGUGUCAGUGCAACAGUGACACUUCUCAUUGUGCUGCUCCUCACUUUUAUUUUGAUAAGCUUCAGAGAACAAAGUAAUUGUUUGUUUCCACUGCUCAGCUAUAAAAUUUGUUUGUUUUAUUAAUGGAUUGAUUUUUUUUUUACUGGAUAAUUGAAGAUUACUUUUAAAAUAACCCAAGUAAGAGCCAGCCAGGAAUCUCUUGCACAUCCUAUUCUGAUGAGCACAGACCUGCACACUUCCAAAGUGACCGUGGGCCUGUCAUUCACUCUGCUGCUCCCUGUGGCUUCAUUUCCUGCUAAAGAACUACUUUCAUGUUUGUACUUGAAGAGUAAAACUUUUUGAAACCUUUCCUAAACUUCCACAUAGAUCUCUUUGCCUCCCAGCCCAGGCCUAGGUUUGUCCUGAAGCCUCUGUGUGAGUGGAAGUACAAAAGGAACGUGGGGCCUGCGAGCACAGAAACAAAGCUGCUUUUCCUUGAAGCAAACUUGAACUUUGGAUCUUUUCUCCUGUGAUCUGUCAUUAGAAAAUGGCCUUUUCCAGAUGGCAAAACAAAAGAAGUUAAGAAAACAAAUGAAUUAAGAAGAAUUAAUUGAAGCUGCCUAUUACAAGUUGACAUUAUCCAUCUGGCAUUUCUGUUUAUGUUUCUGCAUCGGUACAUUUCAUUCUGAUUUAAUAAGUUCCUAAUUUUGUGGGGAUUUUUUUAAGAUUUCGAAGUGCCUAUGAGGAACAGCCCGUAGUGAAGUAUUGUUCCCAGUUUAGCUGUACAUUUUUUUAAUCAAAUCUUUUUCUUUAGUGGAUAAACUCACAAGAUUAGAAAAGCCUCUUGAACUCCCUCAUGUUUGAGUUGGCAAAUUUCCUACACACAAUUAUCCACACAGAGCUACUUCUAAAAGACCUUUAUUAAGGCUCUACAAAGUCAAGCACUCAGGAAUUAGGAAAUGGCAGAACCAGGUUUGUGCACUGGUAGUUUGGCCACUCUGUAUGAGUACAGUGCAGUAUUUGAUCAGUACCUGGUCAGAAAGUGAGAUGAGGCUGCUCAGAAGUCAUCCAAAACUCUCAGCUUUGUGUGCCUGGCCAUAUAGAGGCUCUCUUAAGUAUAAUUAGAUUUUUAAAAGUGGAACUUAAAAUGUGGAACUGGUUGUAACCCACGUGCGUGUCAGGAGGGAAUCCUUUGUGUUCUGUGUGUGGACACUCAUUCCUGACCCGAGCUCCCGAUGUGUAACUUGGAGCUGAAGCAGCAAUUUUCAUUUCCACAUUUGACUGGGAGGCCACAAACAAGUGUGAUUGGAGCCAGGAAUCUUUGCUUCAGUUUUGAGCCCAAAAGAAGAUUUCUGUAAAGGCUGGAGACUGCUGCCCAUCCUGCUUUCUAAUCUGUUCUGCCUGAGCUGUCAAAUCUCACUCCACUCCCUCCCUCAGCGCUUUGGUUCAGGCCAACUCAUCCUUGUUCCUUCCCUGCUCCUUGGCAGAGAAAUCCAUGUUCAGCUGAGCAUCUUUAACUGGCUUUCCUUCCCUGCUGCCUGCUUGUUUUCCAUCUGGGUCUUUCUUCCCAUCACCCUGCCAGUGUUGCUUUUCCCUACCUGCCUGUCCCAGACUUCUGGACUCCAGAGCACUGUGGCUGCACCUGGGCUGCCUGGCAGAGCUGUGGAUAUCUCACUGGGCCUGGAUGCCUUUUCCCAUCCUGGAUAACCACUCACCUUCUGCUUCCUCUGUGAUCAAAUUUGUACCUCCUUCCUCUUCACUCUGUGUAGAGUUUGGAGCAAUGAGUCUUGUCACCCAUCUCCUUUCUGUCUCCAGCUUCUUCCUGCUGUUUCAGGGCAGUAUCUUUAUUUAUAGUAUGCAACAGGCUUUUAUAUUCCAUCUGGAUUGUUUAUCAAAUGAAGCAGUAGCUCAAUGCUGUUAAUGUAUCCAAAAGUGUUUUGAAACUUUUUUGUGUGUUUUGUUUCAGUUUAAGAAUUGUUUGGGAAAUCAGCGAUGCAAAAAUGCAUUCUGAGGUAUUUUAAACAGAGGGGCAUGAGGGUGGUUAAUUGGAAAAAUAAGUUGCUGUUAAUUGAGCUGUGAAGAGAUUGUCAGGACUGUGUUUGUCUGGCAAACUUGGCUCCUGCUUUAAACUUUUGCACCUGCUAAAGAAGCAGAAAAUUGGAAAGGCAGCUUUUCUGAGGAGCUCGUGGUGGUAAAGAAGGUACUGAAGGCUCAGGCUCAGUGCAGGAAGGCAGAAAAUGUAUUGAGGCUGUUUGGAAAUUAUUUUAUUUUUCUUUGCUUUUUGGAGUUGUUAAAAAAUGAUUAAACUUUUGGAACGUAUUCUAAGAGAAGUGAAUGGAGGAGAGUUUUCUAAGACACAUGUGCCUGUUACCAUCAACUUCCAGCUGGUACAAACCUGCCAGCACGUGUUAGCUUGGGUUUUCUUCACAGGAACAGUAAAAGGGUAUUUAUUUGUUUGGUAGUUGAAAGAAAGCCAGUAAUCAGGAUUAAUGCUCGUGGUCUAUGUCUUAGACCUGGUUUUUUUAAUGCAGUGUUAGACAUGAAAGAUGAAGUUAUUUGGUUUUGUCUUGUGUAUGUCAGAUAAAGAUAAAUGAAUCACAGAACUCAAGCUGGAAUCCUGAUUACAGUGGAGCUCAGCACAGAACCAUGUGAGCUUCUAAUAAAUGUAAUUGCUGCUUCAAAAGGGCAUAGCUGAGCAAAUUUCAUAUCAGAUUUGGUAGUGGGGAAGAAAUUAGAUGGAAAACUGAAUUAGAAUUGGCAGUUUUCUAAGUGAAAGGUAUUAAAUGGCCAAAAACCCAAUAAUUUUGCAGUCGAGAAGGGGGACAGCUUUGGCUAACUGCCCAUCCUGCUUCAGUGGUGAAAUGAAGGGAAAAAUUAGAUGGAAACUAAUAUAAAACAAAUGAGAAAAAGGGAAGCAGACAGCAAUCCAUUCAAAAUGGGAGUUAGAAAGUGCAGAAAAUGAAUAAGGAAAGCACCAGCCAAAGGGAAAGCAAACUGUGUGGGUUGGAGUGCUCAGAGAGGGCCAUGAAGAGCUGGAGUUCAGGGGAAAUCUUUGCUGUAGGAUAAGGACCGUUAAUAGGUGCAGGUGGUAAAACCUGGUGAUGAUGUCAGAGGACUGGGAAGGUGUUGUCCUUCCUUAGCAACGCUCAGUACUUCAAAUAACAGGCAGGCCUUGAAGCCCUGGCUCAGUGUUGGGAAGGGAGGAGCCUGGGGCAGUCUCGGGGCUGCUGCUGAGGGUGGUGAGCGGGACAGGGCAGCCAGUGUGACAGCCCUGGGAAGGGAUGGAAAAGGAGAUGGAUGUUCCUGAAGGAGUGUGAUCCAAGUCCUCUCAUUCUCUUUGGUUUUCAGUUCUCUUUGGGGUUAGAGUCUGCCUGGGCCCUGCAAAGCUCCGUGUUUCCUGACAAUCACACGUUGCUGAAGUUCAAAGGGAACCACAGUGAAAUGGGGAUGCUCAGGGGGAUUCUGUGGGGACCUGGCAGAUUCAGUGGUUCCAGAUCACUGGUGAAAACCUAGAAAACCACUACUGAUAAAAUGGUAACAUGGCAAAAAUAUCCCUACCAGGACCAGAGUGAAUAACAGCUCCAUGUACAUUCCCAGUGCAGUUCCAGAGUAAAAGACAAAUGAAUACGAAUAUGUUCUUGUUUUAAUUACUGUUAGCUGUAAGUGAUUAUCCUUCUGUAUGUCUCAGCUGUGAGAGCUGGGAGUUUUGGAUGCAGUUUGGAUAUUUACAUUUUAAAAGAGAAGCUGGGUAAUUGGAAUGGAAUCAAAAAAGAAGAGAUGCAGAAAUUACUGGUGGAGUGUGAAAAUGCCUUAGAGAGGGUGAGAGAGAAAACUCAGUUGGCUGAGCUUUUCUACCAAAGUUGAGGCUGUCUUGAUUACAGUGCACAAAUACCUUCACAGGGAGAAAACACUGAACACUGCAGCUCUCUGAGCAUAAAAAGAGCAACACAAGAAUCACCAACUGGCAGUGGAAGCCAGGCAAAUUCAAAUUGGGAAAAGGCACAAAUUCUUAAGAGAGAAUAACUGUGUAAUUUAGGAAUGUGUCUUCAAGAACUGUGAACAGAAUAAUAAAAGUUAUGAUAUUUAUGCAAA